UAUCAGUACUCGAGUUUGUCAACACAGUAAACUUUGUUCACAUACAUGUUUCGUGCAAACAAGUAUUUAAGCCAAUAAGUUUUGAAUGUCGUAUAUAUUAACAUAUCAUGUUCUUCUAGUUAGUUGAAUGUGAAAUUCUAACGGGAGAUAUGAUGUUCCCGAUUUGGCGCUACUGGAAGCUGUUCGUUAUUGUUGCUACACCCAUCUUGCUGCUACCCCUGCUCAUCCUAGUAAAUACAAAGAUCGCAAGUUGUGGAUAUGUUAUCAUUCUUAUGGCAGUCUAUUGGACACUAGAGGUUCUACCUAUCCCAGCGACCUCCUUUAUCCCCAUUGUGCUUUUUCCUGCCUUGGGUAUCAUGACGUCAGGGGAUGUUUGUUCACAGUACCUUAAGAACUCAAGUAUGAUAUUUAUUGGUGGUUUGAUGGUAGCUGUGGCAGUCGAGCAUUGGAAUCUACACAAACGCAUCGCUCUCAGAAUUCUUCUUAUUGUUGGAACAACCCCUAAAUGGUUAAUGCUUGGGUUUAUGCUGGCGACGUGGCUACUAUCAAUGUGGAUUAGCAAUACUGCGACUGUGAGCAUGAUGAUGCCAAUACUUCAAGCAGUCCUUGACCAAUUACAUCCGCACGACGAUACGAAUCCGAAUACACAAACACCAGAUUCUCUAGAAACGGAAAGACGCACUAAUUGUACAGAACAUACAGACCCACUUUUACAUGAAACUGAUGUAGGGAUGAACCGAGAUUACUCAAAGCGAGAAGACAUAGAGGAAGGUAACAAUGAGAUUUCAGUUGAAAGUAAACCAGUGACGUUGGAAUUGGUGGACAGACCAACAGUUGAGCCUAACAGUAAUAUUAUUCUCCACUCCGAUGAAGGCGUCUUAGCCGGAAAUGAAAAGGUGAAUUCUGAGCUGAAAAAGCACAAGAGACUGAGUACUGCCCUGACGCUUGCAGUUGGCUACGCUGCCGUGACUGGGGGAGUAGCUACACUUACCGGUACACCGGGGAAUCUAAUAAUGAAGGGUCAUGCUGACGAAGUGUUUGCAAGACACAACAUGUCCUCAGGCGUAGUGUUUGCCAGCUGGAUACCUAUGUGUCUACCAGUAUCUACCAUACAGUUCCUUAUAUGUUGGGUGUGGCUCCAAAUACUGUUUUAUGGCCCCAGGGAGUUCUUUAGCUGCCGAAACCGCACACCAGAGACAGGGAAGAAUGUGAAAACAGUUAUAAGAGAACAAUACGAAGCGCUGGGUCAUUUGACUCAAGCUGAGAUCUUCGUUCUGGUCCACUUUUUCACUCUCGCGGCAUUGUGGAUGACUCGCACUUCGGAGUUCUACCCAGGUUGGGAAUCACGCUUCCCUAAAGGCUAUGUGACGGACGCUACUUCAGCUAUAUUCAUAUCUAUUUCUCUAUUCAUAUGUCCGUCUAAAAUCUCCUUCUCUACUGAAGUGAAACACCCUGUACCCCGGUUACUAAAUUGGAAGACUGUCCACCAAAAGCUUCCAUGGGGCGUGGUCUUUCUACUAGGAGGAGGAUUCGCCAUCGCAGAAGGAGCAUCAGUGUCUGGCCUGUCACGCUGGCUAGGUGAACAAUUGGAAGUAUUAAAUACACUACAGCCACCUGUUGUUGUGCUAAUCAUGUGUUCAUUGGUGUCCUUGUGUACCGAAUUCAGUAGCAACCCAUCAACAUCGGCACUUUUCAACCCAAUCGUGUCUUCAAUGGCUAUUGGAUUGAACCUCAACCCCUUAUACAUGAUGUUUCCGGUGACUAUGGCAACUAGUUUUUCGUUCAUGUUACCAAUCUCAGCCCCCUGUAUAGCAGUUGUGUUUUCGUAUGGAAAUCUCAGAGUUGUAGAUAUGGUAAAAGCUGGUUUCCUGAUGAACAUAACAGGUGUAUGUGUGUGUACAUUGGCCGCCAGCACAUGGGGUUUGAUGUUGUUUAACUCUGGUGGCCCGCCUCCCUGGGUGUAAAGCAACACAACUGACAUCACAUCAACAUAAUUCAACAAAAUGCUCAAUAUGAAUGAUGCAAAAUGAGUGCGUAAGAAACGUUCAAAGAAACUUAAGGUUUUUACUGUAUAGACGCAAUCUUAAAUUGGGAUUAAAGACGAAAUCGAGCCACUAUAUUCGUAUCAGUAGUUCAUAUUUAAAAUAUAAAAAAAUUAAAAACAUAGAAAAAAAACAUAAAUUUUAAUACGGACCUUCAAAACUGAAAGACAGUUCAAAAAUUUGCAUGGCUUGCAAUUUGUACAUGUAUAUGCUUUCUGUAAAUAAAAUUAAUUGACACUGUCAAAUAACUAAAAAUGUGCAGAUGGCUUUUUGUUAAUUAACGCGUAUGUUGUGAAAAUAAGUUAUUUAAAUGAUAUACUCUACACGUGUCUAUCCCUG